UACAUUUCCCGAUCGUGAGGCUUGAGUGGAGGCUGGAGCUGGUCGCCAUGCAGCAUCCAUGGACAUACAACAGGCGGAUACUCCUGGCUCUGGCCCUCUUCUUCUUCAUGGAAUCCUUCGUCCAAGGUUUUCCUGCCAAGAGGGCGAGAUUCCAUUGGGUUCGAUGUCGCCCAGGGAGCCGUUCUGCCAACUGCAUUGAACAAAAGGGGCCAUGGUUCAACAUGCCUGAGGGUGAAGACCAGUGGAUUGAGAUUCCCCAAAUGGAUUCAUUUCUAAUGAAGCAGACCCCGAACAGGGGUGAAAAGACUCCUUUCUCUGAGGAAGAUCCUUGGUCCAUCUCAGGUUCGGGCUCGGGUUCAGGCUUGGGCAAUGGCUUCUUACCUGAAAUGGAAACACAGCCAAUAGAUGAAGAGGAUUUCUACAAUUUCAGACCUUCUGAAGAUGAGGCUGUUGGGCAAGAACUAGCAGAGGAGGAAUUGAUUAUAUAAACAUGGAAGCUCUCCCUGACACGGAAGGCUGAUCAGACAGACAUCUUCUGGGUGUUAUAGAUUAGAAAUGAUUGGCUCGUGGACAAAGUGCUUUGUAAAAAAUGUAACCUUUCUGGAGCAGCUUCUUCAGCCUGUCUCUUUUUUCUCAGUAUAGAGCUUAACCAAAUGUACAUUUAUUCAUGAUUGCAAGCUCCAUCCCGUCUUGUUUUCUCACACAUAAAGCAUCUCUGAUCUCCAUGCCUUUGCACAGGCUGUCCUGUGUCCCUGAAAUGUUCUGCCUCCUCAUCUGGCCCUCUUCCUCUGGGCUGCAGUUCAGAUGCUGCUGCCUCCAUGGAGCCUUUCCUGAUUCCCUCAGUUGUUAGUUUUCGCUCUUUCUUCAAAUAAUUUUGUACUCACUUAUCUAGGACACACAAUCUAUCUCCCCCAUUAGAAUGUAAUCUCCUUGAGGGCAGGAACUGUUUUUAUUUUAUUUUUUUGCUGAAGCCCUCAGUGCCUUACGUAAUAAAGUUUUCUUAAAUUUAAUCUAGAAAAUAAAUGUUAGAGGUCCUCACACCCACUUCACUCUACUCCCAUGUUACAAGUGGAGAAACUGAGGCUCACAGAAGCCAAAGCAGUUAUUCAGCACCACAGCUAGUAAAAAGGAGAAGGAAUGGUUCCUACUGAGGAAUGUGGACUGCAGAUCCAGUGUGUUUUCCACUGUGUCUACUGCCACAGGCCCUGAGUGUUUUUCUGUAUAUAAAAGAAGAUAAACCUUUAAUCCAGGAAAUCACUCAGCUCCAUCAGCCUAUAGCAGGGGUGUCAAACUCAAACGCCACUAAAUCAUACAUAAGGAUCCCCGUAGGCUACACAUUGCCUUAGAAAACCAUAAA